UAUAAUAUUCUCAUUUUGUGAUCUCAAUAACUAAAAAUAUCUCAUAUUAUUGUUCACUUCAUGGUAUUGCGCGCCACAAUGUGUUACCGCGCAUAAUAAUUGUUCGAAUUCAGAUAAAAUAUAUCAUAAUAUUCAUAAUACAAAUUAUCAGUUUUUAAAUUUUUUUUUUAAUGAGUAGGUAAAUGACUAAAUUUUCUCUAGGUAUAUCAAUGUUCUAAUUAAUCGUUCAUUCGUGCCGAGUGUUAGCAAAUGGCAAUGGCAGUUACUGGGCAAUGAACAUUGAACACAACAUACAUAAUUUGCGUGUUGACAAAACGUGCGCUCCUAUAGGCUAUAAUGUGAAUGAGUGGAAUUGUGUUUCGUUCGGACUUUGGUGGUUCAGGCUGUUUAGAGUGAUGUACGCGGUUUAGACUUAAGAAUUAUCAGCAUUCACUAUUCGUUUUCGCCUUUCAGUCGUCCUGUGUGAGCGCUUGUGUGCGGUCGUCUGUUAUUGUUGAUCUAUAUUUUCGUUACAUGUGUUUUCGUUAAUGGAGUGUGGACAACUGCUCAGGUGAUACUUAAGAAAUUAUUUUAAGCUUACCGUUCAUCUUGAGACAUUUGCUAUAAUAUUCAAUUUGCACAAUGAGUUUUGAUAAAAGCAACAAUGUCCAUACACGACUUCAAGUCCACAACUGUGUUGUGCAGCCUUUACUCACAGAUUUAUAUCAAAUUACUAUGGCUUAUGCAUAUUGGAAAUCAGAAAAAACAUCAGAUACAGCUGUAUUUGAUUUAUUUUUUCGCCAGAAUCCAUUCCAAGGUGAGUUUACCAUAUUUGGCGGUUUGGAGGAAUGCUUAAGAUUUUUGGAAAAUUUCAGUUAUUCUGACAGUGAUAUUGAAUAUUUAAAAAGAACAUUACCACCAACAAUUGAACAAUCAUUUUUUGGAUAUCUAAAGGAAUUGACUGCUAAAGACGUAAAAUUAUAUGCUAUCGAUGAAGGUUCAGUUGUGUUUCCAAGAGUGCCUUUAAUUCGAGUCGAAGGACCUUUAAUUGUUGUCCAACUUCUAGAAACUACUUUAUUAACAUUGGUCAACUUCUCUAGCUUAAUGGCAACAAAUGCAGCUCGAUACAGAAUGGCAGCAGGUGAUAAUGUAUCAUUAUUAGAAUUUGGAUUAAGGCGAGCCCAAGGUCCUGAUGGUGGUUUGUCUGCUUCUAAGUAUGCAUACAUUGGAGGAUUUGAUGGAACAAGCAAUUUACUUGCUGGAAAAAUGUUUAAUAUACCAGUUAAAGGAACUCAUGCUCAUGCAUACAUAACAUCAUUUUCUAAUCCUAAUGAACUGAAAACCAAGACUUUAAUUAAUCUAAAUAAUGGCAAAGAACAAGAUUUGAUUGACUUGACUUUAUCAUGGCGUACUACAUUAUCAAGUCUUUUACACAUAUCUGAAAGCCAAGCAUCUGAUGGAGAACUGGCUGCUCUUGUUUCAUUUGCAAUUGCUUUUCCAGAAGGUUUUGUAGCACUCAUAGAUACUUAUGAUGUAAACAAGUGGCAUUUCUUAGGACCAAAAGAACUACCUGUCAUUUCAAGUUUUGGAAGUGGAAUUUUGAACUUCUGUGCUGUAGCCUUGGCAUUAAAUGAUCUUGGUUACAAAGCUAUUGGUGUUAGAAUUGAUAGUGGUGACUUAGCAUAUCUGUCAAAUAAAUCUCGUGAAAUUUUUGUGAAAGUUGCUAAUGAGUAUAAUAUACCUUGGUUUGCUAAUUUAACAAUAAUUGCUUCAAAUGACAUCAACGAAGAAACUAUUUGGAGUUUAAAUGAUCAAAAACAUAGUAUUGACUGUUUUGGAAUUGGAACUCAUCUUGUUACAUGUCAAAGGCAACCAGCUCUGGGUUGUGUGUAUAAAUUAGUUGAAGUAAAUGGCACACCACGAAUUAAAUUAAGUCAAGACGGUAGCAAAAUUACAAUGCCUGGUAAAAAAGAUGCUUUUCGGCUAUAUGGUGCUGAUGGAUUUGCUUUGAUAGACUUGUUGAAAAAGUCUGUUGAAGAUCCACCAAUAGCCCAAACAAAACUUCUUUGCAGACAUCCGUUUGAUCAAAAGAAGAGAGCGUUUGUGGUACCAUCUACUAUAAAACCAUUAUACAAAGUUUAUUGGGAAAAUGGACGUAUAAUGCAACGAUUACCAGAUUUAAGUGAGGUCCGAGAACAUGUCAAAGAAUCUUUAAGAACAUUACGCCCUGACAUCAAAAGAAAUCUCAAUCCUACUCCUUAUAAAGUGUCCGUGUCAGAUGAUUUGUAUGAAUUUAUGCAUGAACUUUGGAUGCGAAACACUCCAAUUGGAGAAUUGUCAUGAUGUGAAGUUUAAUUUAAAUUGACCAACUGUUAUCAAUUGACAAAGUUAAUUUCAGAAUAAUCUCAACAACACGCUUAAAUGCACACUUUAUUUAUACACAAGCUUUUAAGUGUGACUCAAAGUGAAUUAAUUUUGAGAUUAAAGAUUGAACAAAUUAUCUAACAAUUUCAAUAUGAAUAUAUCUAUACAUAUAACAUUUAGACGCCAAUGUAUUUAUUACUUUUGAGCAUUAAAGAUAUGUUUAGGUUAUUAAAUAGUUAUCACAGUUAAAAUUACUUAAACUAAAUCUGGAAAGAAAUCAUU